AUGUAUGUGCUUGGUCUACCUCAGGAAGCAGAUAUAGUCGCAAUCAAGUCUCCUGUAAAGUCAGUCAAGAAUCAGAAAGAUAUCUUCAGUUCUAUGGGGAAGAGGGCCUCCAUGGAGAAUCUGUAUGUAAGUGGCGAGGUAGACAAUGCUGCAAUGAGAAAAGCACAUGAGUUUGCUUCUAGUUUACCUGGAAACUUUCCUACCUUGAUGAAGCUUAUGCACCCUUCACAUAUUGGGUUUUCCUUGCAUCUUGUGGCAGGGUUCUGCUACAAGCAUUUGCCUGACAAGGACAAGGUGAUCGACCUAGAAGAUGACAAUGGCAAAGUUUAUCCCGCCCAAUUCUUAGCUAGUAAGCAUUGUCUUAGCGGCGGAUGGAGAGCUUUCUCCAUCCAUCACAAGUUAGCUCAAGGCGAUGUUGUGGUUUUUCAGUUACUUGAACCGACCAAGUUCAAGGUCUACGUAGUGAGAGCAAGUGCCUCAGAGCAAGCGAGUAGAAGAUCCAAGAGAAAGGUCGAGACAAGUGCCAAAGAAGCCGAGAAGACCAGCAUCACCAACUGCAAAAUUAUAGUACAUAAAGACGAGCCCAAGAAUGGAAGCAAGGAAGAUUUCGGUUUUGAUAUCUCAGAUGGGAUAAUUAUGUCAUCAGAUCAACCAGCUGUUGAUUUCCAGCAAGUGAAGAACUUUGAUGACUUUGACAUUGUGGUUAACGGCCUGAUCAUCAACUGUGAACUCUCCAAACAGCUUCAGUACAAGUACUACGAACUAUGCAGCAGCCAGAAGUCUUUCCUGCACCAACAUAUUCCCAAUGGGCUUAACUGUAAGCUGAUAGCCGGAAUAAUCGCUGAGACCACUAACAUUGCUGAUGCAGUAAGGACUGCAAAGUUCGGUACUCGACAGAAGGAAGAGUUUGCAACUUGGGAAAACACAUUGUCAGGAUUCGAGAAGCUGGGAAUGAAUGUGGAGUUCAUACUCACCAGGUUGAGGCAGCUCAUAGGGCUUUCUGACCAUGCCAAUAGGUGCAAGAAAUUGAAGACUGAGAGAGUUGAAGUGGGAGAGGAGGUGAAGGCUUUGAAGGCGAAACUAGAGAAAUCGGUGGGUAGAAUGAAGAGGAUUGAUGAAGAGAUAGAGAGAUUGGAAAAUGAGGAGGAUGUUGAGGUGAGGUUCACAAAAUUGGCUGAAGCUCCAUGGUCAAUGUAACUGGAUGCUGACUUAGUAUCUAGCUUAGAGAGCUACUAAGUUCAAACCAUUCUGUAUGAGGUUUGUACGACUUAGCUUGGAAAGAUAUAAAGUCACCAUCUCUGUAGCUAUGAAUGACUCGGACGGUCCAAGUUCUAAUACGAUCGACCUGAUGAUCGAAGAUGAUGAUCGAGAUCUUCGAGCAGCAAGAGUGAUAACCGAAGGGAUUUGUAUCAGCUGAAUGACCAAAUGCAUACACGAAACUAAGUUGUAAUGUAAGAUUCCCUUGAAUUCGAUUACCUCCUGUGUAAAUUACCAUCAACUGGAAAACUGCAAGCACGGAUACACAUGGAUGCCAGAAAACCAGAUGGGUCCAUAUCAUCAUACCCAGUUGGGCAAAUGCAUGGUAUUUUUCUACAACCCCAUGCCUCAUUCAGCCAUGCAACCUCACAUGGAGCAUAAAGGAAUGGUGACUGGUACAGGACAAGUAAGAAGAAUAUAGAACUGGCCCAUUAACUAGCGCCAUUCUUUCUGCCAAAUACACUGCAUACCCACCAAUUAUCAACUCCUUAUAUUUGCCUUAAGAAGUAAAAGUACAUAACUUCUUCCUCAUGUAAUAAAUCACAGAACUUUCAAAAUCAGUACAUUCAGACACCGCUGAAUUCAGUCAGCCAUUUAUUUCUACCCAGUCCAAUGAAAUCAGAAGGAUUACAGAUGGGGAAAGUCAGAAAAGAAGGUAUUUCAAAAGAGGAGAAACAUUAGAUUAGAAAGUAAAUUACACUUGACACAGAUAGAAGAUCACAUCAUCUAAUGACUACAGACUACUAAAACCGAACCAACUUCAACAAACACCAAAGAUGUUCAAAUCUCAAUCAUGAUUGAGGAAUCCUGGGGCUAAAGUGAAAACCAGGAGGAGUACUAUUGUAACUUUUCUGCAAGGACUUCAAAGAAGUGGGAUUGAUCUGCAGGAAGAGAUAGUUCCCAGCAAAGAGAUCACCGAAAUGAGCAUGGCCUUCUUUCAACCUCCUCAGCACUUUCCUGAUGGAAGCUCUAACCAUCCUCAUCACCACUCUCUUCCUCCUAAUCAAGCUCGAAACUUUGACCCUGAUGAAGCCUGGUGAUGAUGGUGAUCUCCUUCUCCUCCGCCUCCAUUGCACCCUUCUGAACCUGAACAAGUUGCUCCUAGCUGUUGGCCUUCCAAUGAAACUACCAUCAAAAUGGCCAAUACCUCCUCCAUCUUGUGACUCUUCAACACCGUAGUCCAGCUUCUGGUAGCUGGAGAGCCUCCUGGGGAAGAAAGACUCCAUGGUUUUUGAGAGGGAAGUUUAUCAAUGGAAAGGAGAGGGGUUGAGAGAGAGGUUAUAUGGAAGGAGAGACAGGUGUUGGGUGGUUUCUGGUGUUAUGGUAGCUGGCUCAAGAUGUAGCUACAUGCCUAAU